AUGAAGGCCCGUGUGCUUUUGUGCCUCUUGGAGGACCCUUCAUGGGGCUGCAUUUCUGGCUCAGAAAAGUGCACCGUCAGCAGUUUAUCAUGCAUGGUUAUCACUAUCUAUCAGCUCGCUUCCAUGUUUGAGGCUAUGAACCGCUGUAAAGAAAAAUGCAUCACCUGGUAUAAGGCUGACUGCUGCCAGUACGAUUACUGCAACUCCUGAUCCAGUUCCCAGCUCUAGAGCACUCUGCCUGGGCCCCUGUCUGAUUCCCAGUCACACCGGUUCUACCAGGCCCCGAACCUCCCCUUGCCCCUGCCUGGCUUCCAUGCUCACAAGGCAUCUGAGAGCCCAGACCCGUUCACCCUGCUCCCGAAGCUGGCUGUGUCCAUACCAAAUGUGCUUGUUCCUCAGCAGUUCAGGACUUCCUGUUCUUCCGCAGACUAG